UUUUCAUCGUAUUUUUCUCAGGGACGACGUCGUUAAUGUUUGCCUUGCCUCAUCUACCGCAUUUUGCUCUGUUGCUACGUUUCCCUCGCUGUGAUGGCCGCGGUGGAGGAGAAGCUUUUUAAUGAGAGAAUUCUUGAGGAGCUGAAACAUGGGAUUGCGAAGUUCGAGCUUGUUUCUUCGCCAAUUUCGUCGAUUUCAAGCUGUAGUUCUCAUUCACGUCCCGUGACAUUUCUCGGAGAGAAUAGCAAUCGCUUCUUUGCAAGAAUUGAACCGUCUCUAGGUAAGGGAUUGCCGGCAAUGAAAAAGGUUGAGCGCUAUUCUGUUCAAAAAGUUACUGGGGAUGGACGCUGCCUAUUCCGUGCCCUGGUGAAAGGAAUGGCUCUCAACAAGGGUAUCUCUCUUAGCUCAAAGGGAGAGAGAGAAGACGCGGAUGAACUACGAAUGGCAGUGAAAGAAGUGAUAUGUGACAAUGGUAAAGAACGGCAGCAGUAUGAAGAAGCGUUGAUUGCAAUUACAGUUGAUGAGCCUUUAAAACGUUACUGUCAACGUAUUCAACGGUCCGAUUUCUGGGGAGGAGAGUCAGAGUUACUGGUUUUGUCAAGAUUGUGUCAUCAGCCAAUCGUUGUUUACAUACCUGAGCAUGAGCAUACAAGGCAAGGAUGGGGCGCUGGUUUCAUCCCCAUAGCAGAGUAUGGGUCUGAAUUCUGCCAGGGCUCAAGAAAGGGAAAGCCCCCAAAAGUUGUGAGGCUCCUCUACAGUUGCAAGAACCACUACGAUCUGCUUCUGUGAGAGCAAGAAUGCAACUCAAACAUGGAAAUAAGAAGAUCGAACGGCAGUGGUUGACCAGAAAAGUGAUGACAAUGAUGCCAUGUUGUUUGCAUUGGUGGCUAGAUGUACUCUACUUACUCAAAUACACCAUGAAUUUGGUGAAGAUAAUUAUUGAAAUUCUCCCUGAACCACUAACCCUGAUAGACUAAUUGUUAUAGAUGGUAAAGUUUUCUUUUUGGCUUACAACUAUAGAUGUUUUAACUUUCUCCCACUACUCGAUGAUAGCUUAAUGGUGAAUCUUUGGGCCAAACUGUAUAGAUUUAGAAUGUUCUAAGUUCGAUUUUCAUCGGAGGAAUACUCUUGUGGUUGCA